GUUUGUUUUGUAGUUUGGUAGAAGCUUUACAAUAAUUUUGUUAUGCGGUAGUUUUUCAUGAUAGUGUAUUUUAAACAUUACCAAUUCGGUGAAUGUUUGUAUUUUAUGAAAAACUUUGUAGAAAUAUUCUUUAUUUUGGUGAAUUAAAUUUAAUUCCAACGAAUAAUUCUUUAAGUUCUUAAUAAUAACCAAAGUAGUGUGAUUCAUCAUGAGCAAGUCCACUAAAAAAGAUGAAGUUGAAGGCGAGUAUGAGGUUGAAAAAAUUGUAGAUGUUCGAACAAGUUCUAAUGGUGAUAAGGAAUAUUUGAUAAAAUGGAUUGGAUAUAGUGAUUCUGAUAAUACUUGGGAACCAGCUAAGAAUAUACAGCAGGAACUUAUACAAACCUUUGAAUCUGAAAGAAAUAAGAAAAAAAGGAGUCAGCCAAGUAAUGAUGCUUCAAAGUCUCAGAAAAGAAAAACUGAUGACAAAAAAUCUCAUGGAUUCGAAAGGGGAUUAGAACCAGAAAAAAUUAUAGGAGCUACGGAUAGCUCAGGCCAACUCAUGUUUCUGAUGAAGUGGGCAGGUGUUGAUGAAGCUGACUUAGUUCCAUCUGAACUAGCCAAUGUGAGAUGCCCCCAAGUGGUAAUUAAGUUCUAUGAAGAGAGGCUUACCUGGCAUUCAAACACAUCAGAGGAAGCUAAAUCUAAAACAACAAUGAGCAGAAGUAAGGCGAACAGCCCAGCACCUGUAGUAACAGAAGAAAAGGAAGGCGAAGAAUUCAUUGUUGAAAAAAUUCUUGAUAGUAGGAUCAAUUCUAAAGGUAUAAAAGAAUAUUUUCUAAAAUGGAUAGGGUAUGACGAUAAGGACAACACUUGGGAACCAGAAGAAAAUCUGGAUUGUCCUGAAUUAAUUCAAGCUUUCGAAGCCGGUCGAGGUUUGAAGAAUAAAGAAAGGGAAAAGAAAAGAAAAAGUUCCAGUACACCAACACCUACAGAAGCUAAAAUCCCAAAAAAAAAAAGUGAUGAAAAAAAGCAUGGUUUUGAGAGAGGUUUACAACCUGAAAAAAUUAUUGGCGCCACUGAUAGUUCAGGUCAACUAAUGUUUUUAAUGAAAUGGGUGGGUACGGAUGAAGCUGAUUUAGUGCCAGCAAAACAGGCAAAUGUAAAGUGUCCCCAAGUAGUGAUUAAAUUUUAUGAAGAACGUUUGACAUGGCACUCUGGUCCAACUGAUGAUUCCAAGCCAGAAUAAUCUGUAGUAUAUAAGUGCAAAUUAGAUUUUAAGAAAAUAAAUGUGAGUAAAUUUGUUUAUAUUGCAUAUAAUCUAUAGGAGAGGUGUUGUGAUCACCUGAAAGCCAACAAAACUAGUGUGCCCUCAAUUAUAUAUUUUUAUGAAAAUAUUUGGGCAUUGUUAAAUGGCCAAAAUAAUGUUUUGGAUUAUUAAUGUCCAAACAUCUCUCCUAACAAGUUAUUGAUGAUUUGUUUUCUUUACAUUAUUUAAAUUUUUUUGUUGGAUUUAUGGUUUUACAUUUGUUUUUAUGUUGAACAACCAGUUGUAAUUCGCUAAUUUAAAUUUACAUAGAGUUGUGAAAUUUAAUUUCAAAAAUAUUUGUUGAAUAAAAAUUUUUUUGGUACAAAAAUCCUUUUUCCCCAGGAAGGUUGACACGUCGUCAUGUAUGGACUGGCUUUAACAAGAUGAAAAAAAGGUUAUAUGUUAAAUUGACAUAUCUCACUAGGGGAUUUGUGCCCAACAUCUCAUUUGUAUUAAUUUUGUAAUGAUGAAAUCAAACUAAUCUUUAGGUAUAUUAUUUUUCAAUAUUUUAUAAAUUACAGUUGAAUAACUUUGAGUUGUAUUUAAAUUGUGGAAUUUUUCAUGUUUGAAAUAUCACACUUGUAAUAGGUAUUUUAUGUGAUGAGUGGUGAUCAUUUUAAAUUCCUCAAAAUUUUAUUUAUUAUGUUAAUUUUCAUUCGGAUCAUCUGGAAUAUAUCAUAAAAUUAUCAAUAUGUUAUUGAACAAAGAAAAUUCAUUUCCUAUCAAGAAUAUAUUCGAAACUAAUUCAUUGUUCAAUUCUUGUGUUUAUCAACUUUGGUUUUAUCAGUACUAUUGUUACAUGACUGAAAAUGACUUCGGUACUAGUAACAAGACAUAAAUUUGUUAUUGCCACUAAUUAUGUCACUUAAAGAAUUCUCAAUUGAUUGAGAAUUCAUAAGUGAUAAAAUUGAUGUGCUGCUUUACAUUUAUAUAUUAUAUUUUGUAUAUAUCAUGAUUCAGUAAUAAAUGUUUUUUUAUAACA